GACUUUGACAGAACUAUCAAAACAAAAUCUACCGCACACAUUGUAAACAGAAUAUUCAGAGAAACACAGUUUUAGUUGAAAUUGCGGUUUUAUUCUGAAUAAACUAAAAAAAAUACGCGAUGGAAGUAAAAGUGGAAGCGGAUCGUUGUCGUUUGUGUUAUACACAAGCUAUUGAAUACUUUUAUAUAUUCGAGAAUACUGCAUCGAUGCCGAAUAUAGCCGACACGCUGAAGCAGUAUUUUUACGACGAGGUGAGCGACUCGGACAUUUUGCCAAAAGUAAUUUGCAUUGAAUGUUGGGACAAAGUUGAAUCAUUUCGUAAGUUUUCCGAAGAGGUCAUCGCAAAGCGCGAAGAGUAUCUGCGACAACACAUCAACAGUGCGGUCAAAGACGAAAGUGAUGAAGAAUACGCGGUUCCAAAUGUUGUGCCAGAAUUCCAUCGGGAAAUGGUUUGUGUUGAUCGAUUGAGUCCAAUCAAAGUGGUAAUAGAAGGAGGAGAUGAAAAUAUGGAAUUAGAAGAAAGCAAACUUCAUUAUGGGUCAGAGAAUGAACUGGGAUUCUCAGAUGGUAAUGAAGUUUAUCAUGAACUGAUCAAUCGCAAUGAGCUGCCAGAGAGUGGCGAAGGCACUCGACUUCCCCGACACAUCAGUGAAGUAAGCCCCGAACAGCAACAGCAAAUUAUUAACCAAUACUUUGACAUGAGCUGCGAUUUCUGUGAUAUCACUUUUGGAACAUUGAAAGAAGCCAUCCGCCACUACAGGGUAAAGCAUAACAAUCAGCGAGGUUAUGUGAAAUGUUGUUCACUGAAAUGGCCACAGAAUGCUCACAUGAAUGCCCAUAUUGUUUGGCAUUUAAAUUCACAAGUAUUUAAAUGCCAGAUUUGUGGAGAAGUCAAGGAAACUUUGCAAUCUUAUAAAAAACACAAACUCAAACAUUUCAACCAAUUCACGUGUGACAUAUGCCAGAAGGUAUUUACUGCAUUCAGCUCCGUAGAACGUCAUAUUCUCAAUGUACAUGCAACUAAAAAGAAAUUUCCAUGCGAUCAAUGCGAUCAGAGUUUCAAUACUCCAAAGCAUUUGGAAAUUCACCUGGAAGUGACUCAUUCGAACGGUUUAGAAGAUUAUAUGAACGAAAUAAAAUGCAUGGAGUUCAAUAUAAGCGAGGUACAAAUAAAAAGUACAAUCGAGGGAUAUUUCGAAUGGAAAUGUGAACUAUGUGAUGCUCAGCUCGAUAGUAUCACACUGGCCAAAUCACACUAUUCGUCAGAACAUAAGAAUCCGAACGGUUAUCUCCGAUGUUGCGGAACUAAAAUGUAUAGUAACAGAACAGUUUUGGAUCACGUUCAAUGGCACAUCGAUCCAGACACGUUCAGAUGUCGAGUAUGCAAGCUAGAACACAAGCAUCGAUAUAAACUCAUUGAUCACGUGAAACGGCAUAAUGCUUUAUCAUCACAGCAAUUUAUGUGCAACAUUUGUGAUCGAUACUAUGCGACCAGCACAACACACAGAACUCAUAUGGAACGAAAUCAUCCAGGAAUACAACCGAGCUCUUCAUCGGUUGAAAUCGAUUCUAAUGAAAACAACGGAAAUGACAUACGGAUACCGGGAUAUGUCGAUGCUUCGUGCAAUCUGUGUCCAGCAACAACGUUUACCUCGUUCAAAGAAAUGGAAUCACAUCAUUCAGAGAUUCACAAAUCAGUCGGGGCAGUGUCGUGUUGCCAGAAAAAGUUUUCCCGCAUAACUUUUUUCAGUGAUCACAUUGCAUUGCACAAUAAUCCGGAUGUUUUCAGAUGUGAUGUUUGCAAAGAAUCACUGCCAAACCGAUACGUUUUAAAACAACACAAUGAUUGGCAUUCAAAUAAGUAUUAUUGCGACACGUGUCAGAAGUCGUUUAAACGUAGAAAUCAAUUUAGAGAUCAUAUGGAAAUGCAUAGAAAUCGCAAUUGUGAAAUGCAACGCAAUUUCAGUUGCGACAUUUGCGACAAACGAUUCCUUAACCAAAAUCAUCUAAAUAGCCAUCGUAAAAUACAUGAUUUAAAGCAUGAUCAGAUCUGUGAGUUCUGUGCAAAGAAAUUUAAAAGAAAAGCACAACUGGUACACCAUCUGUCGGUCCAUUUAGAUGUAGCACCUAAAACAAAACCAAAAUUCCAAUGCAACAUAUGCAAUGGAUGGUAUGCAAGUAGAGGUAGUUUGAAAACACACAAAGACAAACACAAUUCAGGGCCGCAGAAAUGCAAUCAAUGCGAUAAGAUUUCAGCUAAUACACAUGCACUGGAACAGCAUAUUAAGAAUGUCCAUGCUGAAUCGGAUUUCAAAUGCCACUUAUGUGACAAAUCACUCAAGUCACAAGCAUCACUAAAGGAUCACGUCGCAACGCAUACGAACAACAAGAGCUACAAGUGCACCUAUUGUGAUGAGACGUUCAUUUGGCGGCCAAACAUGUAUAAACAUAGAAAACAGCAGCACGAAGAGGAAUGGCUGGCCGAUAGAGACAAGAUAGAAGCGGCAAAAAAGAAACCAUAGGAAACAUAUUGAAAUCUUACCCUCUUUCUUCAAAUUCGGCUCCUCACUCGGUUCAAUAUAAAAACAAUGUGUUGUGCUGAACAGAAGCUCCAUCUGAUGUCAACUUGCAUGAAACGACACCUUGACUUUGACAGAACUAUGAAAACAAAAUCGACUUGACACAAUGUAAACAAAAUAUUCAGAGAAAUACAGUUUUAUUUGAAAA